UGUUAAAAAUGGCGGACCGAAGUUCCGUGCCGAGUGAUCUUUACAAGCAUGUGUAUUCAUUUCUACUGGAGAACAAGUUUACCAAGGCUGCUCAACAGUUCAACAAACAAGCUAAAGUGCCACCCCAGGAUGAAAAACAAGAUGCCGGUCUGCUUGACAUUUUCAACUUCUGGGUGAAGUCUCCUGAAGCUAAGAAACGUAAGGCGCUGCCAAACGAUCCUGAGACCAGCGACCAUCCAUCUGCUAAGAAGGCGAAGACUGCAGAGAGCUCCAGCGAGGAGUCGAGCAGCGACGAGGAGGAGGAAGCCGCAGCUCCUGCCAAGGCCACACCCACAGCUAACGCAGCAGAGUCCAGCAGCAGUGACGAUUCCAGUGACGAGGAGGCCUCAGAAAAGAAGCCUGCAGCAGCCAAAGCCCCAGUGAAGGCCCCUGUAGUGGCAGCAGCCAGGAAAAAGGACUCCAGCUCUAGCAGUGAGUCAUCUGAAGAUGAGGCUCCAGCCAAAGCCCCAGUAGCUAAAGGAAAGGCUGCAGCCGCGACCCCUAAGGCAGCCGCGACCCCUAAGGCAGGGUCGACUGCCAAAGCAGCAGCAGCUCAGAAGAAGGCUGAGAGCAGCAGCAGUAGUGAGGACAGCUCCAGUGAAGACGAAGCGCCCACUAAGACCCCAGCGAAGGCCCCUGGCCCUGGCAAGACCCCUCCAGCGAAGGCCCCUGCUAAGAAAGUCGAUGACUCUAGCAGUGAUGACUCUUCGUCAGACGAAGAGGAGGCUCCUCCCAGCAAGAAGACCAAACCAGGUGCAUACAGUGCAGUCCCACCCCCUGGAGCUGCAGUGAAGAAGGUCCUGGCUCCUACAGUGGCCAGUAAGGCCAAAAAGGACCACUCCUCAGACAGCAGUGAUGACAGCAGUGAUGAGGAGGAGGAGGAGAAGAAGACGGUGUCAGCAGCCCCUGUGAAGGCCACCCCAGCAAAGACUGUGACCCCUAAACCUGCAACUGCUGCGAAGAAGGCAGAGUCUAGCUCCGAGUGCACAGACUCUGAAGAUGAAGGUGAAGAAGAAGCAAAGAAGUCAGCAGCUAAAGUUGUAACGCCUAAGGUUACUCCAGCUAAAGCCACCCCAGCUAAGGCUGUCCCGGCAGAAUACUCUUCCUCGGACUCGAGCUCAGAGGAUGAUGAUGAAGAAGAGGGGACAGUGAAAGUAGCACCAGCUAAGGCGGCGACUCCUACGGUGACCCGAGGCAAGGCUGCAGAAUCCUCCUCUGACUCAAGCUCAGAAGAUGAGGAAGAAGCUAAGAAGCCUGGUGCCAAGGUCACUCCAGCCAAGACUGCCCCUGCUAAGAAAGCCGACUCGUCAAGCUCAGACUCUGACAGCAGCUCUGAGGACGAGGUACCAGCUACCAAGAAGCCUGCAGCCGCCCCCAAGGCCCCAGGCAAACCUGCUGCAGAAGGCAGCUCAGACUCCGACUCUUCUGAAGAUGACGAACCCCCAGCUAAGAAGGCUAGCCAAGCCCCUGUUGCUAAACCAGCCUCCAAACCAGCCACCCCCGUGGUGACCAAACUAGCCCCAACCAAACUAGCCCCAACCAAGGCUGCAGCCGAGAGCAGCUCCGAUUCUGACAGCGACAGCUCGGACUCAGAGGACGAGGUCGCCACAGCCAAAAAGACUACCAAACCUGCAGCCGCAGUCAAGACUCCUGCUUCAGCCACAACGCUGGCAGCCAAGAGCCCUGCAGCCAAGAGCCCUGCAGCCAAGAGCCCUGCAGCCAAGAGCCCUGCAGCCAAGGGCCCUGCAGCCAAGGGCCCUGCAGCCAAGGGCCCUGCAGCCAAGGGCCCUGCAGCCAAGGGCCCUGCAGCCAAGGGCCCUGCAGCCAAGGGCCCUGCAGCCAAGGGCCCUGCAGCCAAGGGCCCUGCAGCCAAGGGCCCUGCAGCCAAGAGCCCUGCAGCCAAGAGCCCUGCAGCCAAGGGCCCUGCAGCCAAGGGCCCUGCAGCCAAGGGCCCUGCAGCCAAGAGCCCUGCAGCCAAGAGCCCUGCAGCCAAGGGCCCUGCAGCCAAGGGCCCUGCAGCCAAAGCUGCGGAGUCCAGCAGCAGCGACGACAGCUCUAGUGAUGAGGAAGAGGUGGCCAGUAGAAAGACUGUUACCCCGGUCUCCACCCCGAAGACAGCCAAGGAGGACAGCAGCAGCGACGACAGCUCCAGUGAUGAGGAAGAGGUGGCCAGUAGAAAGACUGUUACCCCGGUCUCCACCCCGAAGACAGCCAAGGAGGACAGCAGCAGCGACGACAGCUCCAGUGAUGAGGAAGAGGUGGCCAGUAGAAAGACUGUUACCCCGGUCUCCACCCCGAAGACAGCCAAGGAGGACAGCAGCUCAGCAGACGACUCUUCUGAGGAAGAGGCGACGAACGCACCGGCAGCAGUCACUACUCCCAUCACUAACGGCACAGUGAACAGCAAGAGAAAGAGGGAUGGAGAAGACUCUUCUUCUGAGAGCGAGGAGGAGGAGGAGGAGGAGGAGGAAGUAGUGACGCCUAAAAACAAGAAAGUAACACCAGCACCACAGACCUUCCCCAAAGUCUCUAAGAAGAUCAACGUACCUUUCCGUAGAAUAAUAGAGGAGGAAAUUGAGGUGGACAACCGUCUGGCAGACAACUCCUUCGAUGCCAAGCGCGGGGCGGAUGGAGACUGGGGCCAGAGGGCCAAUGACGUGCUCCGCUUCACCAAGGGGAAGUCCUUCCGCCAUGAGAAGACGAAGAAGAAGAGGGGCAGUUACUGUGGAGGAGCCAUCUCCCAGUCCGUCAACUCCAUCAAGUUCGACAGCGACUGAGAACCUCGUCAUCGUUCAUCACAACCCCUCUUCCUCCUCUUCCUCUCGCUUGACACCCCCCCGAUUGAGCUGAACAUCAUCAACUGAACUACCUACAGCUGAGUUGGCAGACGGCCACACUGACACAGCUGGCUUCCUAGUGAUUUUAGUUCAACCUUUUAAAGGCAGAUUUUUAUGGUGUAGAAGUGGACACGAGCGGUGUUGAAAUGGCACCCUAUUCGCUAUGUAGUGCACUACUUUUGAUCUGAUCUAAAGUAGUGCACUACAUAGGAAAUAGUGUGCUAUUUAGGACGCAGGCAGACGGCUAAGGCUGCAGGGGAGGUGUCUGACUGUCUCUGUGCCUUAUCGUGCUACAGAUUACAAAGGGUUAAUGUCCUAAGGCUGCAUUUACAACAUAUAGCCACCAGGUGGCGGUAGUAAGGCACCAAUUAUGUUAAAUGUACAUUUAAGUGUAAACUGUUCUCAGAUUUCUUGCUUUGUUUUUCUCUCGGCCAUUAAUCUUGUUGCUUGUUGUAAUAUUGUUAGCCUGUAUCUCCCCCCUUCUGCCGAAUGUCUAUCAGUAGCUAAAUUGAAAUUCUGUUUGGAUUGUCAGACACAUUGCGGGGGAAAGGGUUAUUUGAUUUUGUGCGGUCAGGAAAAGGACUGAAUGAAUUUUAGUAUGGAUCAUGCAGGUUUGUUGUUUAUCUGGGGGUUGAAUGAAAACAUGUAUUACUUUCCCGUUGGUAGGAGUAGUGUGACGUGAAUCUCAUGGUUGCCGUCCCCUACCAGAUCUCACAACACCUGGAGAAGAAUUCAACCACUGCAGCGUAGAACGCGUCCAUUCCUUUUAUUCUGCAGUCUCAUGUAGGUCCAUCACGGUUUAGAUUAGAAGGUUUUAUUUAAGUAUUUUAACCGUUUUUAAGCCUGGGAGCAUCAGGGAUCAUCCAACUGUCAUUACAACCUAUAGUCUUGAAGUAACUGCCUGGGUCAUGUUCAGUUUCUCAGAACAAAACACUUGGAAACAGGAAAACAAACAGCUAUUGGACAAGUUCAGGUAGUACCAACCCUUUUCACUCAGUUUUAAAACAUUUUCUUCCGUUGUUUGCCUACUGAACAGGAUCUUGUUUGCAUCUGAAAUGGCACCCUAUUCCCUGUAUACUACUGGUCAAAAGUAGUGCACUAUACAGGGAAUUAGGGUGCCAUUUCAGACGCAAUAUUCCUACUGACGUUAGACUGGCCCCCGUUGGUCUGGUGGUUCAUCAUUGGCUGCUGAGGUACUUCUCUUGGCCCAGCAGCUUGAUUGACAGCCAGAACAGCCAACCCCAAGUUUUAAUUUUGUGAAUUUUUAAUUUCCUAUUUCUACUCAAAUGUAACCCCUUUACUUUCUUAUUAAGUCUUAUUGUUACUGGAAUAAAAUACUUUGUUGCGUCCCAAUAA